UUGGUUGGUCAUCUUACCAACAAUAUUUCUUAUAAAAACAUUAUAUAUCAAAUAACAAUAAACUCUCAACAUUAAAGUAACGCCAAAUCGAAUACGAUCUUACGAAAAUAAUUUUCAUGUUUUUGAGACAAAUUCUUUUAUACAAUUUUGAAAUUAAUUUAACGUCUUUAACUAUUUUAAGUGGAUAUAAUCGAUUUGAUUUUAAUUGGAUAAUUUGAUGGCGACUAUUGAAUUGUUACUAAGACAACAAGCAACUUGUUAUGAUAAACCCAUGGUUGACAUGAUCUUUGUUGUUACUGAUUCAUACAAAUUUCACAAAGAAAACAUAAAAAUCAAUGCUGAUCAUUAUUCGUCUCUUAUUCAUUUUGGGCCUUCAGCAAUUUCAUAUAUCCAAAAGUCAUUUGGUUCAAAUGUAUAUUUUAACACUUUAGUUUCUGUUGAAAAUCUCAAAUUUAAGUAUGGUGUUAUAGAUUAUGAGGAUUUCCGUCGAGAUUUGCUUUUUUGGGAAUCAUUAUAUAUUGCUGGAAGACUUCAUAAACCUGUUUUAAUUUUGCACGAUGAAGGUUUAAGUAAACUUGUUGUACAUAAUUUAGAAAGUGCAAUGCAUGCAGCACUAUUGCAGUUACCAGAAAAAUUUGAAGAAAUUGAUUUAUGGUUAACAAUAGCUGGUUUAUCAUAUAAAGGAGAUUUUCGUAUGAUAAUUGGUGAAGACAAAAAUAAAAUUCAAAACAUUGUUAAACCCCAAAUGGACAAUUUCAGAUUACUUUAUUCACCAAUCAUUAAAUCGAUGAGUCAUGUUGUAACAUUGAACACUAUAGGACAUCAAGACAAAAGUGUUGAAAGUAAAAUAUUUCAUUUAAACAAACUACCAAUUAAUUUAAAAAAUAAAUUAAUAAAAAAUCUUGAAAAAAUAGAAAAAAAAAAUCAAAUUUUGCAUGAAAUCGCUAUGAGAAAUGAUACAAACAUACUUGUUAGUAAUAGUAUUAAUCAAAUUGUGUUUUACACUAGUCUUACACAAAGUUUAAAAGGAAUUUUGACAGCUGGUUUAUUAAAAUCAAUUAUUUAUAGCUUAAGUAAAUUAAAAAAAAUGUUUAAGUCAAUGGUAAUUUAAUUUAUUUUUAUUAAUAUUAAACGUAUUAUUACUAGAUAUCUAGUAAAGACUGGUGUAUUACUGUGUAAAAACCUUAAAAAAAUUAUUGUUUAUCUCAAAUCUACUUAUAAUCUAUUUUAAAAAUUUUAA